AUGGCACAUCUCCUGACCCAUUUGGAUCCGGCACAAAUACAUGAGCUCUUCCUCGAUAGCCAAAAAGUCAAUACCCUCUCGCCCCUCCUUGCCACAUCUUCAACCGCAGAACACGAUUCCGACGACAGUCCAUUCCACUCCGAUGAAGAGGACGAUCAUGCCACAAACGGUCACAGUAGUAACGGGAAGCCAAGGCAGAACUCACUAGCGCAAUAUGUCAAUUUGGAGCACUUGAGCCUGAACAACUGUAAUCUACAUUCGGUCGAAGGGUUUCCUGUUCUCAAAAGGCUGGCAAAACUGGACCUGGGGGAUAACAAGAUUAGUGGCGGCUUGGAGACCUUAGCGGCGCUGACGAGAUUAGAGAGCUUGGAUCUGAGUAAUAAUAAGAUUGCAGACUUGGAAACCUUGGCGCCUCUGAAACAAUUACCGAACCUCAAACUUCUAAAUCUUGUCGAAUGCGAAAUAGCGAAACGGCCAGACUACCCCGAUAUCGUAUUCCAAACUCUCCCACAACUGCAAGCCCUCGAUGACCGCGACAAGGAUGGAAACGAAGUCGAACUCUACAGCGAGGAUGACUACGAUGAGGAAGAGGAAGAAGGGGAGGGCGAGGUUCAGGGAGGCGAAAAUGGGGGUGAAACGCACGAUGAGGAAGGCGAGGAAGAGGAUUACGAGGAGGAAGUGAGUGGGGAGGUAGAGGGAGAUGAGCACGGUUCGGAGCACGGUGUGGACGGUGGUGAGGAUAACGGUCUGGAAGUAUAUGAGAUAGGGAGCGAGAGCGAUGAUGAAGAUGCAGAUCAGAGUGGAUACCAAGGGACCGUUGUUGAGCAAGAAGGGGACGAAGAGGACGACAUCUUUGAUGAUGAAGCCGAUGAACGUCAUCCAUUAGCGGAUGAAGAUCAAGAUGAGGGAGAUAUCGUCUACGAAGUACAAGAUGUCUCACAGCACGAUCACGGCAUCGAACUCAUAGAUGACGAUGACGGUGACGACGAUGGUGAAGAGGAGGAGGAAGAUGAAGGGCAAGAAGUGAUUGAUGUAGACGAACAAACUGAAGAUGGACACGGCUAUGCAGGCGGCUUCGGCGACGGCGAGGACGGGGAGGAGGACGAAGAGCUAGAAGAUGAAGACCUUGACGAACCAAACACCGGCUUACAAGGAGGCAAAGGUCUCCCAUCGUCUAGUGUGCAACCUUACAUCUCCCACGGCGACACAGAAGACUUGGCCGCCGAAGCCGAGGAGGAAGAAGAGGAGCUGGAAUACAUUGCGGACCACGGAUUUGGCGACCACGACUUUAUGGGUGGAGGGGAGCUUGCCGCCGACCCAUUCAUGAUGGAUGACUCGCUGAUGGGUGCGCCUUCGGGGGACUUUGAGACUUUCGUUACUGGAGAGGUCGGGGACGAGGCGCUUUUCAAUGCGACGAUGAAGAGAAAGGCUGAUGAGAUUGACGCUCUGGGCGAUGAAGGGCUUAACGAAUUCGUCAAUAACGAUGAUGACGACGACGAGGUGCCCGAUAGUAAGAAGCAGAAGACAUAA